AUGAAAGCUUUUGUGUGCUUUGCUCUCUUGGCUGUAGUAGCUGUAGCUGCUGCUAAAGAUGAAAAACCAAAGGACCCCAAGAAACGUAAUGUUUUUGGUGGAUUUGGUGGAUACUCCACCGGAUUCUCCGGACUUAACGGUGGUCUCUUGAGCUCCGGCGCCGCUUUCGACAACAGCGCCGCUUACGGAUACUCCAGCUUGGGAUCCUUCGGAGGUGCUUCUGCCCUCAACGCCGGUUCCUUCAGCUCCGGAGCUGCUUUGGCCGAUUCUUCCUUGGCUUUGGGAGGUCACUCCUUGGGCUACUCUACCUACGGUGAUGCUGCCAUCAGCGGUGCCUCUUUGGCCGCUCCAGUAGUAUCCUCCGGAUUCGGCGCUGCCGCUCCAGUAGUAUCCACCGGAUUCGCUGCCUCUCCAAUUGAAUCAUCUGCUUACGACACCGCUUCUCUUGGACUCGGUUCCUUUGGUGGUGUGUCCACCUUAGGAGGAGUAUCCGCUUUGGGAGGAGUAUCCCACUUCGGUGGAAUCGCCGCUGCCCCAGCCGUUGAAUCUGUAGGACAUGUCCAAGUAGGCGCUCCCCUUCACCACGUAUACCAAGCUCAAGCCGGACAAAUCAUCGGCAGGAACUUGGGAGUCCAAGUACAAAACCACGUAGUCAAAACCGUCGUAGAAAAGGUAGCUGUGCCAGUACCACGUCCAGUAGCUGUACCACAGUACAGAACCGUCCAUGUACCAGCCCCAUACGCCGUCCACUCCCAAAAGAACGUCGCCGUACCAUACAAAGUAACCGUACCAGUUGCUGUAGAAAGGCCAGUUGCAUACCAAGUACCACACCCAGUCGCUGUCCCAUACAAAGUACCAACCCCAGUCGAAGUAUCCAGACCAUACCCAGUCAAAAUCACCAAGACUGUCACCGUCCCCGUUGAAAGACCAGUAUACAUCCGUGUACCAGAAGCCGUCAAAGUACCCGUCGCCCAACCCGUCCCAGUACCAGUAUCUCACCCAGUCAACAUUGCUGUCCCAGAACCAGUUAUCGUUAAAGUACCAGAAGCCAUCAAUGUAGGAAGCCGUGUACACACCCACACAGACUACAACAGCGCCGCUGGUUUGGCCGGAGUAGCCACCGGAUACGCCGGUCUUGGCUCUUUCUCCGCUGGACACUCUUUCGACAACGGUCUCGCUUACGGUUCCGGAAUCGCUUCCUCCGCUGAUUCAGGUCUCGCCUACUCAUCUGGAAUUAACUCUGGAUACACCUCUGGAAUCAACUCCGGUCUUGCCUAUGGAUCCGGACUUUCCUACACUUCUGGAAUCAACUCCGGUCUUGCCCAUGGAUCUGGUCUCGCCUACACUUCUGGAAUCGACUCCGGUCUUGCCCAUGGAUCUGGACACGCCUACACUUCUGGAAUCAACUCCGGUCUUGCCCAUGGAUCUGGACACGCAUACACUUCUGGAAUCAACUCUGGAUACACCUCUGGAAUCCACUCUGGAUUGUCCACUGUCUAUUAA